CUGAACAGCUCGCUUCUUGUGAAAAGCCCCGGUGUUGCAACUCUGUCUUAUCUGGCACGACUUUAUUGGCAAGAAGCUGAAGAAGCUCGAAGAAGUUUACAUUUCUACUGAAGUCUUUUCUUGUGUUUUUCAUUCGGCGAGAGACAAGGAAGCGGACUCUCCUUCUUCAGCCAUGGAGGCGAAGCUGGAGCUCCUGGCUCUGGUCCUGGGCUUCCUCAGUCUGUCUGGCACUGUGCUCGUCACCCUGCUGCCCAUGUGGAGGGUGACCUUCUCUUUUGGCAUCGUGUUUGUGGAGGUCACCGAGGGCUUGUGGAUGUACAGCUCCAGCCAUGUGGGCAGCAGGAAGCACUUCAAGGUCUACGACUCGGGGAUGGUUCUUCCUCCAGAGCUGCAGGCCGCCCGGGGCCUCAUGUGCAUCUCCAUCCUGCUGGUGGUGGUCGCCCUCUCCAUCAGCGGGACACAGAGAUUCAAGUCCUGUGGCGACAACAUGAGGCACAAGAACGUCACGCUGGCGGUGGGAGGGAGCCUCUUCCUGCUCUCCUUCCUGACCACACUCAUCCCCGUCUGCUGGGUCGCCCACACCGUGACCCUCCACAGUCCACUCCAUGAUGGUCUGAAGAAGAAGCUGGGGGAGUCGCUCUUCAUCGGCUGGGGCACCGCAGGGCUUCUGCUGCUCACCGGCAUCAUCCUGCUGCUCUGCUACAGCAAACGCAGGUCCAAGGAAGGAGAGGACAAACCGGACUAUCACGCCCUGGCCACCAGGGGGCUGCAGAAAGUGGGCAGUGACAGCUGAUACCCUGUUCCUUUUCUCCCAUAACCCUGGAGUCUAACCUGGGGUGAGAAGUGAGGGACACCCUGGACCAUGUCUGGACACAGACAACCACACAACAAUGGACAAUUCAGAGAAAUCACCGAUGUUUUCUUUUUAAACUGCGGGAGGAAAUCAGAGUUCCCAGAAGAGCGAGACUCACAUGCAAACUCCACGAGGCUGAAGUCACAGUCAUAUAUAAAGCUGAAUCUACUUUAGACUUUGGAACGUUUGUCUUGCUCGUUCUAUUGGUUGGUUCAUUAUUAUAUUAUUAGAAACUGUAUUUUUAUUAUUUGCCACCCCAAAAGAAAUGGGAGUGAUUUUGUAAUGAAACUUUUUUUAUUUAUAAAUGUUUUUGUCUAUCUAUCUAUCUGUCUAUCUAUCUAUCUAUCUAUCUAUCUAUCUAUCUAUCUAUCUAUCUAUCUAUCUAUCUAUCUAUCUAUCUAUCUAUCUACAGGCAAUGUUUUCUUUUUUUUUUAAUGCACUGGCUUAUCAGUUUAUCGGCUGUUCAGGAGUUACUUCAACAAAACCUUGACCGUCCACUUGAGGUCUACACAGGCCACAUCGCAGCUAUUUUCAGCUCACAACAGGAGUGUUUACUUUCAAAGCAAGGAUGUGAGGCAGCGGACCAACCGGUCGGACAGGAUUUCCAGUUUCUGUUCCUGUUACGUGACCUCUCCCGUCAACUGCAGGAACACACUGACCAACACGGAACUACUCCGAGUUUAAACUGAACUGUGAACUGAAAUCCCCUCUGGAUCGCUUUUAUUGACUGAAGGCUGGUUGAAGUUUAAACUCGAUCUUGAUCUUAUUCAUAAAUAAGAAAUUAAGAAGUAAAGAACAGGUAAAACUAAUAUAACAACUAAAAUAUUGUUCUAAAAUGUCAUGACAAAAUAAUAAAAUACGCCACAGUAAAUGUUUAAUAAUUGUACUAAAAGGA